CGCACGGGGCCUUGGAAAGAUACGGCGAGAGAAACGUUCCAGGGGGUGGCAAACCUGAUCCCCAAAUAAUAUUCCUCCUUCCCCAAGUCCAGCUGUGCAUCCUACAGCAGAGAGGUUUUGAGGCUUCAGAACUGCAUCUCCUCCAGAGCCUGGCAGUCCCAUCUGGGGUUGUGUCCAUGGAAAAAUUAAGUAGAGGCACAUUUUAUAGUUCUGCCUGGCAUCUAGCAUCUGAGGAGAUGGUGGCUGUGAGCCGGAGCCCUGGACUGAGGCUGUGGCUGCUUCUCCUUUGGCCUUUGGGUGAGCUCAAGGUUUGAUUUCCAUGGCUCUGAAUUUACUGCUGAGUGUGCAUGGGUAUGUGUGUGUGUUUGAAUUUGAUCAAGCUCUCAGCCCUGGCCAGAAGGGAGCUUGUGCAUUUUCCUGUGUCUGGACGCAUCAGUGAGGGAGGCCCACGGUGUGCGGGGUUGAGGAAGGCUUAGUGAACCUGGGGCCUCAGGAUUUUCUCUGGGGUGCUCCUAUGGCAUGGCCCAGUGACCUGAAAUGCUUUUGGUCUUUGCCAUGACCUAGUGGCCCUCUAGCAGACACCACACAGCUUUGUGGGCCUUGGGUCCCCUCUCAUGCUCCUCACCACGCCUGGCCUGACGCUUUGCAGGUACCUCAUGUGUACGGUCCUUCAGCUGGACAAGACCUGCCACAGCCAGCAGGGAGAAAAAUGAGAGAACUGUGUUCCCUUUGAGGGGUUUGUGGCUGGCCGUAAACUUCAGGCUCCUCAUGCUCCCACGAUGUGAACUUGGACGUGAUAAUGCGGAGUAGUAGAGAAAAUAGUGGGUGGAUUUGGGGUCAGGAGGCUUGGCUUUGAGUCCCGGUGUGACUGACUUCUAGCUGUGUGAGCAUGGACAACUUAUGAACCUAGGACUUAGUUUGCAUAUCUGUAAAAUGGCGGGAAAAUACCGUUGGCUCACAAGAUUGCUUUAAGGAUGAAAUACACUGCUUACCAUGAACUGAGUAAAAUCGUGUGUGUGAAAGCACUCUGGAAACUGCAGAGUACUAUACCAGCGUGUGUUACUCACCCUGAGUUUCACCUUGGUAACAACAAGGGAGAGAGAGCUGGUGGGGGUUGGGAAAGGGGUGGGAGAAAGGGACGGAAUAGAGAAUGUUCUGGAACAUAGGACAAGGGAAGUGUGAUGUGCCAAUACCAAGGUAGCUAUUUCUUGGGUGACUUCUCUUUUUUGUGGGGUGUGUGUGUGUGUUACUUUUCUUUAAAAUGAGUUGGUAGGAUGGGAGCUAGGAGAGAAGGAGACACUGCUUAAUGAUAUCUGUACGGAAGUGGGGAAACAAAUACCCCCCAAAGGCGGGCUACUGUCCAUAAACAGGGUAAUGCUGAGCUGGCAAAUAAUAUAAUAGCUAACAUUUACUGAUGUCAGUCAGCUAGUAAAUGACAGAGGAGGGAUUUAAAGUAGGCUGUUUCACUCCAGACCCUGUGCUCAUAACCUCAGUGCCACUGUAAGGAUGAUAUCGGGUCUUGGGAGAACAGAAAGUGGUAGCAGAGUUACAGAAUUCAUUCAUACUGGAUUCUCUGACUUGAACACCCAUGACAAGUCACCAGACCGGGACAUUCCUUAGAUAAUAAAGUUCUCAAGGGCAGGGCCCCCCCCCAUAACACAUCCUUAAUUCCCAGGUGUUUUGGGGGCGUCAAGGCACAUGUAUGUGAAUUCCUUGGGUUCCUGCCUUACCGGCCUUCCUCUGCUUUCCCAUUCAUAUCCCUACCUCAGUGUAAGGAGAAGACUGGGGGUAAUCAAAUCAAGUAAUUUUGCUACCUUCUGGUCAACAUUGAUAGGUUUGGGACUUGGGGUCCUCUGGGAAAUUAAGGCAAAUCUUUUGUUUUAGUAUUUCUAUAUCUGCUUUAUUUUGUGUCUGUUUUAUAAAAUGAAACUUAGGAGACUGUUUUUCUUGCAUAUUCUAUGACCACAUAAGGCUUUAGAACCAGAGACGACUUUGGAGAUCAUUUCCCUGAGAAGUGACUCUGCCAAGGUCACACAGUGACUAGUGGCGUUGGGACUUUACCCUUGCCCCCUAGAUCACAAUAUGACCAAUGACAGGACCUAUCUUUUGGCACUUCAGAAUCGUGUGCAGACCCUGCCAGUGACUCCAUUGUUGGGGAAUUCUCUCAGAGCACGGGUGAUGGAAUUCACUCACCCCAAAUUUCUAUGUUGGCUAAAGACAUGAAGGACACAGAAGACACUGUUUGUGCUUCGGGGCAGAGGCCCUCAAGGUCAGGAGAAGGAAGAGGAAAGAGGUUCUUAGUAUUCCUGAGGCAGGACACAGAACCUGUGCCUGAAGGAGUCUAGCAAUUCACUCCUUCCUCUUUUGGAAUACUUCCUGUAGGAAGUCUCACCCAGCAGAGGCUCCGUAGUAUUUCCAAGAGGAGCCAGAGAUCAUCUGCCUCUUCAGAAAAUAUUUUUCUUUCACCUACACUUUAUCACUCCUGCCUCUAUUUCUUCCUGAAAACACUGUUCAAUUCUCUUCUUCCUACACCUUUCUCUCUCUCCAGCCAACCAACCCUCGUCGCUGUGAGAUUGAUCCCCUGGGCGGCCGUGCUUUCUUUCCUUCUUGGCAUUUCUUCCUACCAUGCUUUGUGUGUCCUAAGUCUCUGCUCCUGAGGCUCCUGUCCCAGAGUCUGGAUUCUACUUCAUCCCCUCUCCCUGUCUCCUCUCCGAAUGGAGGUGGGUGUCAGGAAUGAGAGCUGCUCUACUCAACAUGGCUGGUUGCCCAUGCCCCAUGCCUGGCUAAGCCCGAGCCCACCAGGAAUAAGCUUGUGUGGAGGCAUCCUCUCCAGCCAAGUUCUUCUCUCUAUCUUAGUGUAGUUGGUACCCUUGGCAGCAAACCAGAAGACAUAGGGUGAGGAGAAAAGAGGAAAGAACUAAGAAGAUUGCAUUUUGAGGAAAUGCUACAGUGUGCCUUGCUAGGAGGAAGAGAUCCGUAGGAGCCUUUCUUGUCUCAGGUCUCAGAGGAAUCCAGAACGCAGGUGAGUGUAAUGAUGGGGCUCUUCCACUGUUGAGACAUCUCUGGAGAGCCUGUCUUUGCUGGAAGCAGAGCAUCCGCCAUGUUCCUGAUACUCCAUGCCAUUCUGUCUCCCUAAGAGUGAAUCAAGGAGGUUAAACUGAUAAGGAGCACCAUUAGAGUGUGUUUAAUUCUGACCCAAAGAGGAGAGAUUGUUUGCAAAUUGGGUAUUAUGGGAAGCUGGGAGAACACAUCUAUAUUAUUCACCUCCAAAAUAUUAGGACCAGGAUUUCACGUUUCUGCUCUAGACUCCGAGAAGGCAGAAUUUUUUUUUUUAAUAGAAAGGAUAGAUAUAAUUCCCUGACAAGAGACUUUGAAAGGUAGAGUGGUUCCAGAGGGUUGGCAAAUCCUCUGAAGGGCAAUUGUGAUGACACGUUGCAUAUGGUUCCGGCACACAAGGCAAAGAGGGGCCACCUGAGCAAAAGGUGAAGUACCAAGAAAGGCAAGGGCGUGUGAUGAACCAUAGCCAGUAGCAUGGAGGGUCUGUCCACUGGGAGCUUUUUCGUUUCUUUCUUUUCUCUUUUUCUUUUUAGGUUUUGUUCUUUUUUUCCUCCUUAGGUUUUUAUUUUAAUCCAGUUAGUUAACAUACAGUAUUAUAUUAGUUUCAGGUGUUGUCCACUGUAACCUUUCAGACGUUACUUUCACCUUCCCCUAACGUUGGAGGAAACCUGAUGAUGAAACUGUGUCUUCCCCCUUUAUCAGUGGGAGAGCUGAGAUUUCGAUUAGGUUUGAUUCAAACAAAGAUGAAAAAACAUGCCGAAGAUAAUUACAGAAGAACCGAAGUUUGAAUCCGGGUCAGGAUAACGUCCAGCACCCGUGUUUCUUCCUUUGGUGCUCCCCUGUAAGGGACCUCUGAGAGAAAAGUGUGGAUGAGGCCCAAGUUCUGAAUGAGAUGGGGUUUCCCCAAGAGUCCGUUGACAACAGAAAGGGUUGUUCUCAAAGUUGUCUGUAGAAGAAGCUAUGGUCACAAAGGGAGAUAAGUCUUUCAGAUAAUGUUUAAAAAGAACUCAUUCAUUCAUUCAACAGAUGUUUUUGAGGGCUUACUGAUGACUAUCAGUGCUUUCAGUGAUGAGGACAGAGAGCCUUCCAGAACUUAUAGUCAAGUGGGGAAUGCAGACAAGUAAAUAGGCUGUGGGGUGAGUGUGUGGGUGGGGGUGUAUGGGAUGCUUUGGAAACUUGUAAGUGGGGCAUGUGGAGUAGUCAGCCUUCCUGGAAGAAAUUCAGCGUUAGCCAACAUCAGAACGAUGAGUAGAAAUUGGGCUGGGGACAAAGUGAAAGGCAAAGCAGGUGAGGUGAAAGUAGUAUUCUGGCCAGAGCCGCUGAAGGGGUUUGCAUUUUAUUGUUUAUUCACGAUGUACCUGAUGUUCUCCUCAGUGCACAGGAGUGAAGAAAACACAGUCCCUGUCGUUCUGGAGUUUGUGUUCUGGGAGAACUUCGUUCGCUAAGAAUAAAUUAAAUCAAGCUUCUUUAUUUUGCUGGCAGGGAUUCUGUACUGGUAGAUCAGGGAAUUCCUCAUAGACAAACCCUGGCUGAACUUAGGGAAAGUUUGAAAACGACUCUUGGGAUAGUCCUACAGGUAACACAGGGUAGAGGCAAAAGGUGAGUUCAUUAAUGGUUGGUUAAUUCUUCCUCCAACAAAAAACAUCUUCAGUGCCUCUGUUCCUUCAUUCUUAACAUUCAUUGAUUCAUCAACUGAAAGGCGCUAUAAAUUCAGUAUAUAGUCAAGAGUAUGUCUCUGGAGCCCGAUUCUGUGGGUUCAAAGCCUGGCUCUCCCACGUACUGGCUGUUGGAUCUUGGGGAAGUUACUUAAUUUCUCUGUGCUUCUGUUUCCUCAUUUGUAACGCGGGGAACAUAAUAGUACCAGGAGAAAAAAAGGCCGUAGUAAAAAUGAAAUGAGUUCAUUAAGGAACUAUCUAGAACACUGCCUGAUACCUCGGAAGGGCUUAGUAAAUGGUGGUUGUUACAAUUUUGUUAUAGGGAUGCAAACUUAAAUUCGGUAUGGUCCGUGACCUUGAAGUAACCAUAUUGUACUCCAAAAACUGCAAGUGAAUGGAUGAAUUGCACUGUGGAGUGCAGUAAUCCUCUCAGCUCUCUGAGGCAGUUGCCACACAGCUGCUCCAGGAGCUGGUGUAAUCGCAGGCAGCAUUUCAGAGAAGUAUAGAAGCCAGGACCAUGGUGCUUAAUAUUUUGGGACCUCUAGACUCUGAGAGUCUAAUAAAUGCUAUGGGGUAUCAACCUGGAAAAAUCAACUACAGCUUUGCCUUCCUCAUUCAGAAUCUCUGAUCCUACAGCAGGGAGGUGUUAAAUGUUCUCCUCUGGGUUGGCCCCACCACCUUCUGAAGACCGUGUUUAACAGCUGUGUCCCUGGUUGUAAAACACUGCUGAGCAUUGUGGGGAAAGCAAAGAUAAAUAAGAGGUCAUUUUUAUUCUUAGAUGAAUGGGCUUAUGUCUGUGAAAGUGUUUUGUAACUAUAAAUCACCUACAUGGAUAAAAAUUAUUUUUAUUCUAGUCAGUAGUAGGCAUAAUGCAACAGAAUAUAAAUGCUGUAUAUGUUUUGAUAUGUUCAAAAGAGAGCGAAAGUCACUUUCAGUCAUAGGAGAUGAGAGAAGGCUCAACUAUAAGAGCAGGCACUUGUAGAGGGCAAGGCAGAGAAUAUUCCAGAAGGCAGUAGCAUGACUGAAGAUUUGUGAGAAAAGUCGUGGCCCUGGGGAGUGGUUAAUAACCACCAACAUUUGGGGGACAUGCAGGGAACUGGGCUGGGACUCAGUGUGGCGAGUCUUGAAUGUCUGAUAACGAAGAGGAGAGACAAAAACCUUUUCCUCAGAAGGAUGACGCGAACAGAGCCAUUGCUGCAAGGUUGGCAGUGGAGCACAGAUGCUUUAGGGGUCAGCGAGGAGACAGACCUUGUUAGAAGACUGUUUCACUUGUUCAGAUGUCUUUGCCAGGGACACUAAGAUUGUGACCUCAUGGUGUCGAAGCCAGCUUCCUCUCCUUUCUCCUCAGGGAGCUGAUGACGGAGCACUCAAGAAACAGGCAGUGGCCCAGAUUAUGUCACCCAAGUCACAUUAUUAAUUCAAGUCUUUUUAUGGCUGAAGGACUGAUAUUUUUAACCCCUCACCUGCAGGUGCCCAGACACCAUGCUAGAAUCCUGUACACCUGACGCUGGGAGGAAGUAAAAGACUUCCUUGUCUCCUCUGCCCCCCGUCUUCACCAUGUCUUCGACUCAGGGCAGUGGGGAACACUGGAAGUCUCUGGAGUCGGUGGGCAUCAGCCGCAAGGAGCUGGCCAUGGCCGAAGCCCUGCAGAUGGAGUACGACGCGCUCUCCCGGCUUCGGCACGACAAGGAGGAGAGCAGAGCCAAACAGAACACAGACUCCUCUCUCAUCAGCUGGGAUGAGCCCGUCCUAGACUUCUACAACAAGCCGGGAGGAAGGCAGAAGGACCUCAAGCUCUUACGUGGUCUUUCUGGCUCCGAUCCUACCCUCAAUUACAACUCCCUCUCCCCACAGGAAGGGUUGUCCAACCACUCUACCUCCCAGGGCUCCCAGCCUGGCCCGGAUCCUUGGCCCAAAGGCUCUCUGGCUCAAGACUAUCUCUACAUCUUCGAUGGUUCAGAUGAGGGGCUCUCUUUGUCCCCUGGGGACCUAGGAUCGGGGGACAUAGAUAGCUCUUCCAAGAAACUGUCCCCACCUCCUCUGCCUCCCCGCGUCUCUAUCUGGGACACCCCUCCACUGCCUCCCAGAAAGGGGUCUCCCUCUUCCUCUGAGAUCUCCCAGCCCAGUGACGUCAACACGUUCUGUUUGGUGGAACACCCUCCAGGCAAACUGCUAGGGCAUCGCAUCCUAGAAGAGGAAGAGGAGCUGGGCAGUGGGGGUCCGAGGCACCUCCUGGGGCCUGUGGACUAUGACGGUAUCAACGACGCGAUCACCCGGCUCAACCUGAAGUCCACCUACGAUGCGGAGAUGUUGCGAGACACCACCAGGGGCUGGAAGGAGGGCCGGGGGCCCCUGGACUUCGGCGGCAAGGACGCUUCUGGGAAUCCUGUGGCUCGGAGCAAGACCAUGCCCCCUCAGGUGCCACCCCGCACCUAUGCAUCCUGCUACGCCCACGGGAAAAAUACGACCCCAGGCAAGAACCGCCGGAUUUCCGCCUCUCCGGUGGACUUGCGACGCCGUGCUGUAGUCAAUGGCCAUGAAUUGUUUGAGGUCUUAGAGGAAAGAGAUGAGGAAGUUGCUGCAUUUUGCCACAUGCUGGAUGUCCUUCGAUCUGGCUCUGACGUCCAAGACUACUCCCUGACCGGCUAUGUCUGGAGUGCUGUCACCCCGAGCCCAGAGCACCUCGGGGAUGAGGUCAACCUGAAGGUGACCGUGUUGUGUGACAGCAUACAGGAGCCACUCACUUUUACCUGCAACUGUUCUUCCACCGUAGACUUGCUUAUCCAUCAGACUCUGUGCUACACCCACGAUGAACUGAGGGAUGUGGAUGUGGGGAACUUUGUGCUGAAGCCCUGCGGGCUGGAGGAGUUCCUGCAGAACAAGCAUGCCCUGGGCAGCCACGAGUACAUUCAGUAUUGCCGCAAGUUUGACAUCGACAUUCGGCUACAGCUGAUGGAGCAGAAAGCUGUACGCAGUGACCUGGCCCGGACGGUGAAUGAUGACCAGAGCCCCUCCACCUUGAACUACCUCGUCCAUCUGCAAGAGAGGCCAGUCAAACAGACCAUCAGCAGGCAGGCCCUGGAUCUUCUGUUCGAUACAUACCACAAUGUAGUGGAUGCUUUCCUGCUGGCCGACGGGGACUUCCCACUGAAGGCCGACAGGGUAGUCCAGUCCGUGAAAGCCAUCUGCAACGCCCUAGCCGCCGUGGAGACCCCUGAGAUCACCAGUGCCCUCAACCAGCUACCCCCAUGCCCCUCCCGCAUGCAGCCGAAAAUUCAGAAGGAUCCCACUGUCUUGGCUGUGAGGGAAAACCGAGAGAAGGUUGUGGAAGCUCUGACAGCCGCAAUCUUGGACCUGGUGGAACUCUACGGCAGCACCUUCGAUGCGGACUUCCAGACGGCUGUGCAUGGGAGCCGCAAGCACGAUCUGGUCCAGGAGGCCUGCCAGUUCUCGGGGCCCCUGGCCUUUACUGUCUAUGCCACCCACCGCAUCCCCAUCACCUGGGCUACCAGCUAUGAAGAUUUCUACCUCUCCUGCUCCCUCAGCCACGGCGGGAAGGAACUGUGCAGCCCCCUCUGCACCCGAAAGGCUCACUUUUCCAAGUACCUCUUCCAUCUCAUCAUCUGGGACCAGCAGAUCUGCUUCCCUGUGCAGGUGAACCGGCUGCCUCGGGAGACCCUGCUGUGCGCCACGCUCUACGCUCUGCCCAUCCCCCUGCCUGGGAGCUCGUCAGAGGCCAAUAAGCAGCGGCGUUUGCCGGAAGCCCUGGGCUGGGUCACUACCCCACUCUUCAACUUCAGGCAAGUCCUGACCUGUGGUCGGAAGCUUCUGGGCUUAUGGCCAGCAACACAGGAAAACCCCAGUGCCCGUUGGAGCGCACCUAACUUCCACCAGCCAGAUAGCGUCAUCCUGCAGAUCGACUUCCCCACCUCAGCCUUCGACAUCAAAUUCACCAGCCCCCCUGGAGACAAGUUCAGCCCCCGCUAUGUGUUUGGCAGCCUCGGGGAGGAAGACCAACGUGUGCUUAAGAACAUCAUGCAGAAGGAGUCCUUGUACUGGCUCACAGAUGCCGACAAGAAGCGCCUGUGGGAGAAGCGAUACUAUUGCCAUUUGGAGGUGAGCUCACUCCCCCUGGUGCUCGCCAGCGCCCCCAGCUGGGAGUGGGCUUGCCUGCCCGACAUCUAUGCUCUCCUGAAGCAGUGGACCCACAUGAACCACCAGGACGCCCUGGGGCUCCUGCAUGCCACCUUCCCGGACCAGGAGGUGCGACGGAUGGCCGUCCAGUGGAUCGGCUCACUGUCGGAUGCUGAGCUCCUCGACUACUUGCCUCAGCUCGUGCAGGCCCUGAAGUACGAGUGUUACCUGGACAGCCCCUUGGUGCGCUUCCUACUGAAACGAGCCGUCUCUGACUUGAGAGUGACUCACUACUUCUUCUGGCUUCUGAAGGACGGCCUCAAAGACUCUCAGUUCAGUAUCCGCUACCAGUACCUGCUGGCGGCCUUGCUGUGCUGCUGCGGCAAGGGGCUGCGAGAGGAGUUUAACCGCCAGUGCUGGCUCAUCAAUACCCUGGCCAAGCUGGCCCAGCAGGUCCGCGAGGCUGCCCCAUCUGCACGGCAGGGGAUCCUCCGCACGGGCCUGGAGGAGGUGAGGCAGUUCUUCGCCCUGAUCGGCUCCUGCCGCCUGCCCCUCAGCCCUAGUCUGCUGGUUAAGGGCAUCGUGCCCAGGGACUGUUCCUACUUCAACUCCAAUGCUGUCCCCCUCAAGCUGUCCUUCCAAAAUGUGGAUCCACUGGGUGAGAACAUCCGUGUCAUCUUCAAGUGCGGGGACGACCUUCGCCAGGACAUGCUGACCCUGCAGAUGAUUCGCAUCAUGAGCAAGAUCUGGGUCCAGGAGGGGCUGGACAUGCGCAUGGUUAUUUUCCGCUGCUUCGCCACUGGCCGGGGGAGAGGGAUGGUGGAGAUGAUCCCCAAUGCCGAGACGCUGCGCAAGAUCCAGGUGGAGCACGGGGUGACCGGUUCCUUCAAGGACCGGCCCCUGGCAGACUGGCUGCAGAAACACAACCCUGGGGAGGACGAGUACGAGAAGGCUGUGGAGAACUUCAUCUACUCCUGUGCCGGCUGCUGCGUGGCCACAUACGUCUUGGGCAUCUGUGACCGGCACAAUGACAACAUCAUGCUGAAGACCACCGGCCACAUGUUCCACAUAGACUUUGGCCGCUUUCUGGGCCAUGCUCAGAUGUUCGGCAACAUCAAGCGGGACCGUGCCCCCUUUGUCUUCACCUCGGAUAUGGCGUAUGUCAUCAACGGGGGUGACAAGCCUUCCAGCCGCUUCCAUGAUUUUGUUGACCUUUGCUGCCAAGCCUACAACCUCAUUCGCAAGCACACCCACCUCUUCCUCAACCUUCUGGGCCUGAUGCUGUCCUGUGGGAUCCCCGAGCUCUCAGAUCUGGAGGACCUUAAAUACGUGUAUGAUGCUCUGAGGCCGCAGGACACAGAAGCCAAUGCCACUACCUACUUCACCAGGUUGAUUGAGUCCAGCCUGGGCAGUGUAGCCACAAAGCUCAAUUUUUUCAUCCAUAACCUGGCUCAGAUGAAGUUCACGGGCUCAGACGACCGGCUGACCCUUUCCUUUGCCCCCCGAACACACACACUCAAGAGCUCUGGCCGCAUCAGUGAUGUUUUUCUCUGCCGCCAUGAGAAGAUUUUCCACCCUAACAAGGGCUAUGUUUAUGUGGUAAAGGUGAUGCGACAGAACACUCAUGAGGCCACUUACAUCCAACGGACGUUUGAGGAGUUCCAGGAAUUACACAAUAAACUGCGGCUGCUCUUUCCUUCUUCCCAGCUACCCAGCUUCCCUAGUCGCUUCGUGAUUGGCCGCUCGCGGGGAGAGGCGGUGGCCGAAAGGCGGAGGGAGGAGUUAAACCGCUACAUCUGGCACUUGACCCAUGACGCCCCCGAGGGGGCCCAGUGCGAUCUGGUGUACACCUUCUUUCACCCCCUGCUCCGAGAUGAGAAGGCUGCGGGCGCCAGCCCCGCUCCCAAGUCCUCAGGUACUCUGCCUUCUCUGACAUUCCUGCCAACCACUCUGAACCUUCCCCAGGGGUACGGUAAAUGCUCUGACAACAAUAAAGCAGAGGACGGAUACUGGGGCGGAGCGAGGCCGUGGCAGUCUUAUAGAGAGGUCCGGGAAGCCCUCCUUGACGAGGAGCAACUGCUCCAGGACGGGAAUGACCCAGACCCCUACGUGAAGAUUUACCUCCUCCCUGACCCGCAGAAAACCACUAAGAAGAAAACCAAAGUGGCCCGGAAAACCUGCAACCCCACCUACAAUGAGAUGCUGGUGUACGACGGGAUCCCCAAGGGAGACUUGCAGCAGCGGGAGCUGCAGCUGAGUGUGCUGAGCGAGCAAGGAUUCUGGGAGAACGUUCUCCUCGGGGAGGUGCACAUCCGUCUGCGAGAGCUGGACCUGGCGCAGGAGAAGACUGGCUGGUUCGCACUGGGAUCUCGAAGUCAUGAGACCUUGUGAGCCCAGCAGAGCCCUCCCCCUCCCCCCUUCCCUGCCCAGGACCCCAGGCUGCUGGGGGAGCCAGGGGAGAGGACUGUUCCCCUGCUUCAGGUGCCCCUUCCUUGCGAAGGGGCAGGGCCCUUGGCAGGCCUCCCCUCUGUCCGGGCGGGUAGGGUCUUUGUGACAGGAGGUAGGGAGAGUGCGAUGCUCUCUGCUGUCCCCUCCUCUGCCCAGCGAGCUUGGGUUGGUGGUGGUGAGCAGCCCCUCGGAGGCUGUGAGGUGGCCGCAAAGUUUUAAGUUUACCUUGUGUCAAGGGAGCAAUGCCUGGUUUGGGGUGAGUGGGGUGGGCUGUAUGAAGUAGCAUUUGGGAGGGGGGAGGGGGGGCGAAUUAUCUUUAUUUUUAUUUUUAAAAAAUGAGAUAGUAAUGUUGUCCUGACUGGACAGGAAGCCUCGUGAGAAGGGACUUCACAUAUGCCUUGGAAGGCAAGAGAGGAAGACUAUUUGGACUUUUUGUAUGAUUAAGGUUCUUAUUGGACUUUUCCUUAGGUUUUUGUUUGUUUGCUUGUCUGUUUUUCGUUUUUGUUUUUCUAUCGAGAGGACUUAACUUGGGGAGGGGCCCCGUGGGUCCUCGGUUAGAGCCCUCCCUCUCUGAGAGCCGGUCGGGGAUGGGCAGGGAGGGUGGGUGUGCCGGACCGAGGCCUGCAUGGGGCCUUUCUGAUUUUGCCUCCAAAGGAGAGCGAUGUGAUACCUACAUGUGUAAGGAAGGGCCUUCCGAAGGGGGCUCGGCAGAGGACCUGUGUUCAGGGACCUGAGCUCUCUCAGGGGGAGUUUUUCUUCUCAUCUUCCCCUACUUUGCUAGGACUCGCUCUGAAUACUGUCUUCUACCCUUUCAUUCUCACUGCCCCCUUGGGGACCAUCUGGUCCCUGCAAAUACGCCGGGGGUGCUCCUCCAUAGGUCUCUCUCCCUUCCUUUUUCUCCGGUGGGGUAAAGUACUGCCUCGGCUUUCAGAUUUGCUUCCACCCAAGGGCAUCCUGGCCCUGGACAGGGGCCUCUCAGCUGCAGAUGCCAGGGGGAUCCCGUCACCCACCACAUCUCUCCUUUUUGUGUGCUGCUUUCCCCAAACUCCAUUUCUGUCACAUUUUUUUAAAAUAAGAAUUUCCCUCAUUUUAUGGGGCCAUAAACCUCUUUAGUCUGGAGCCAAAGGGAUGCCCUAAGUGGAGGAAAGGGGCCUGGGGUGGGGGAUUCUGGUGAUGUUCUUUGGUUGCGAGGAGGCUGGAGUGGAGGGCGUGGUUGAUCCCCUGGAGUUGAGCCUGGAGGGAGAGACUGGGGCGCUUAGCUCUCGGACGCUUUAUUCCCUACCAGGUGGACUUGAGAGUCAGUCUUGCACUUUACUCCAGAGGGCUGUGUUCCUUGGGAAAAGAGGGAGAGACUUCGAAUUUGAUAGGAACUUUUAAAACCAGACUUGGCUUGGAUGUACCCCAUGAUGGGGGCACGGAGGUAAUCGAGGAUACUCUCAGCCAUCCCUCCCCAGCUUCCUUCUCAGCUCCAGGGAUCAGAAAUUCCUCCCUUUGCUGUCUCAUUCCAUAACUGGAGAAAGAAGCUCCAUUCACUGAGGCCGCAGGGUAGCAAGGAAAUCUAAACUUUUCCUUAAGGUUCAAAAUGUCAAGGAUCAAGUGGCCACGGUGGGGAAGGGGGUGGGGGAGGUGGGGAACAGGGGUGGGACUUCUCCAGAUGAAUGGACCAUAGUUGGGUUACUGGCUCUUUGCCCGUAGCUCAUUUUAUUUUGACCUUCUGUGCCCCUGACUUAAAGAGGUCUGUGUACUGUACCCACUUCCCAGACGUCCUUGUAUCUGCUACUUUCUCUGGAAUUGUAUUUUCUAAUAAAUGACAUUUGAGAAAAACAAAA